UUAAAAACGCUGCUACGGGCUGGCUACAAGAAAAUAAACACUCAAAUCGCUACCAGCCUUGCAUCCGUUUCGCCCAUUAAAUUUUCCGAAUUCUUUUUGUCCACACGUUAAAAUCAAAAGAAUAAUUGUUUAACUUAAAGAAAUGGCUACUAAGUUCUUAAGUAAAAUUUUAUAUCGUUCAACACUACGAAAUUUCAGUACUGCGCCAAAGUUCAGCUCUGUUGAUCCUGAGGAGCUAAAAAAAUUUAGCAAUUUAUCCGGCCUAUGGUGGGAUGAAGGGGGUGAAUUCAAGCCCCUUCAUUCAAUGAAUGCUUUAAGGAUCCCGUUUAUUCGAAAUGGACUAGUUAACUCCAGGGUAGUAUCGACUAAAAAAGCGAACACACCCAGUUCCCUUGAAGGACUGAACAUUCUUGAUGUUGGUUGUGGAGGAGGAAUUCUCGCAGAACCGCUUGCGCGAAUAGGCGCCAACGUUGUGGGCCUUGACGCAUCUGAAGAGGCAGUUCAAGUUGCCGAACAACACGCUAAAUUGGAUACAACCCUAUCUGACCGAUUGAAAUACCGUCACGGCACCUUGGAAGAACUGGCUGAGGAAGGCCAAGUCUAUGAUGCAGUUGUCAUGUCUGAAGUCCUCGAGCACAUGAACAAUCCUAAGCAUUGUCUUCAACUGGCGUCUAAUUUGGUUAAGCCAGGAGGUUCGAUAUUUUUGACCACACUCAACAGAUCAUGCGUUUCAUGGUUAGGAGGAAUUAUAGCAGCAGAGUAUUUGCUCAGGCUAGUCCCACCUGGUACACAUGACUGGAAUAAAUUUUUAUCUCCUUUGGAAGUUGAAAAUAUGCUGAGCGACAGUGACUGUACUACCCGAAGCAUUCAUGGGAUGUCAUACAAUAUCCUGACAAAUUCUUGGCACUGGUCAUCAAAUGUUUCCAUCAACUAUGCUCUGCACGCACUUAAGCUGAGUGAACAACGGGUUGAAGAGCCCAAACAGACUGAAUAAAUUUGUUGUUGACGUUUGAUAAAUAAAAAUCUGCAAAUAGCUUGUCUGGAUAUCAUGAUUAAACGAUUAUUUUUGCGCA